CGAGGCACCGCCCCUCGCAAACACUGCAACAAGUGCAUAAUGAUGCUCGCCAGCUCGAGCCUCCAAGAAAGACCUCUUUUAACUGGAAUCAUCAGCGAAAUUAUGAGCCGUUGAGCAACUUCGGCAGGUAUCACAUGAGUCACCAUUUAUUUUGUACACUUACUUGACUACCAUCAGGUUUUGCCGGUCGACGAAAGCGAAAUUACAAACCGCAGAGCUUGCGCAAUUUAGAAGAACUUCAUUAGUGAGACCGUGAGCUAGCUCAAGUGGCUAGCCCGGUGUGUUUCAAGAAAGUCAGCCAAGCGUUUGUCUCAAUAUGUUGCGGGGUAACUAGUUAGCAGGGGCGGCGCACUUGUCGUGGGUUUUGUACCCGACAUGUUUUUGCGGGAGGACAAGGAGUGCGAGGCAGCAAGCUGUUGGACCUCAGAGAAACUCGGACCACUUCACUAUGGCUAAACAACAAAACCAGCUGCUCUGUUGAUGUCUAAGAAAAAACGUCAGGAGGACAACUUCGGCGACUAUGAGCAGGGCAGAGCAGGACAGGGUCUUGUCCACCAGCGAAGACCCUCUCCCGUGCCUCCACAAUUCUAAAGCUGACCCACUCAUCCGAAGCCGACCCUUCAGUGAUAUAUACCCACUCCAUAGUCAUGCUGACAGAAAUGCAGUCCCAUACCUGCUGUCUGGGUGUGGCGCCCAAGUACAGCCGAUGACAGCGGACCCCGAUGAGAACAGUUUGAAUGGCAUCAACUCCUCCUCCUGGUCCAACCCCGUUAUAGGUCAACCUGAUGGAAAGCCUUACCCGUCAAGGAUUAUGAAGCUUUUUUCUAACUCAAGGAAGGGCCCUGUCCCUGCUCACAGUCCGCCCACCGAAUGUUCCACCUCAACCGGCAGCGGCAGCGGGAGCGACGGCAACAGCGGCUCCCAGUCCUGGUCAGGACUUUCAGGACUGGGUGUUGUGGACUCUUUCAAAAAGCUGCGUUCCUCUGUGCUCCAGGGUAUACAGAGUAGAGGGGCAGUUGCCCACGAUGGAGAGCAUGUCCCUUCAUCAAAUCAGGAUGUUGCUAAUGGCACAGUUGUGGCCACCAUUGACCCUGGUCUAGAUGAUGCAACAAAUUAUUUAAAGUUUCCAGAAGGAGACAGUGUGUCUAACGUAAAUUUUAAUGGCCAAAAUGUGGCUGUGAUUAGCCAGUGCGGAUCUGAUAUUGAGGACUACGAUGAUGAGGUAAAUGAUGAAGGAGAUGGUCUCGCACGCAACACACGAUUCUCAAGGAGUAUCAGGAGAGCUUACGGAGCAGGGCGCAUUUCUUUACUCGACGUGGAGAAUGGGAGACUGGCAGGAAGAAGCACAAAUGCAGCUACAGACAGUCAGAAAACAGAUCAGACAUCCAAGGCGACUGAUCAAACGGAGAACAUGAAUGUGAACACAAAUGUGAAGGUGCUGAGCAGACUGAGCAAGAGCGCAGAACACCUUCAUAUGUUUAAGGCACCUUUCAGGCGCAAAACCCCAUCUCCAGGUCCUCCUUCGCCUCAGGAAGACCCCCGGAGGACCAGCAUGUCAAACGGUACACAAACCAUCCAGAGGACGGCCAGCGCCUCCUCAGUGGACUUCCAGGGCCACGCUAGCCGCAGGAAGAGCCCUGUGAAGACCAAGGUGCCGAUGCUAAAGCUAGUAGGCAGCAUGACUGACUUGACCGUCCGACGCAGGCAGAAUCCCUCCCCCAGCCCCACCUCUCCAUCUCUCAUGUCUCCCCUGAGCCGUCUCCAUGAUGACUACUCCCGCCGCGUGCCUUGCCUAACAAGCGGUGAGCGACAACGCCGGCCCUCGCCUGUCAGAGCCCGGGUCAUGUCUGUCGGACACACCCCUCUGGUUCACCCACAGCCUGAAUACGAUGUGGGCCCACAGCAGCACCAGGUUCUCAUCAGCCCGGUUUCUGUGGAGCCCUCAGAGAGAACAGAGCAGACCACAGCUGGUAUCUCUGCUCAUUAUAUAUCGGUGACAGCAGAAUGCGAGUCAUCUCCACUCAGCCAAAAAGAGCCAUCACAACAACAAGAACACACCGUGGUCAACAUGCUGCCAAACAGGGAGACAUCAGACCAACAAGAAGCAUUUCUCCAAACAGAGGAUGUCUCUCCAGCAACCAGCAGUACCCCUCCUAUCUCUUCAACAUGCCUCCCGGAGUCACCCACAUCGCCCCCCGAUGCAGCCCCAGCUUCCACAGAAAUAUCCUCCGUCAAGCCCAGACGAAGGGGUGGGCGCUCGAGACCUCGGCCCAUCUCUGACUAUGGGCAGCUCGUUUCCAGGAAGAUCUCCAUUCCCGAGGAAGGAGCAGUACUUCAUGCUGAAGAAAGGACAGCAAAUACAUCAUUGCUUAAAGACUAUAGUGGUAAUAACCCGUGUGAGAAUGGAGACAGCCCUGAGAUCUGCACCAUGAACGGAGACGUUCAGGGUAAUAGGCAGCGGCCAGUCUCAGUGAUAGGAGUUGUGGAUCUGUUCCCUCCUGAUGCCGAGGAGAAGGACGACCGCCUUCCUUCUGCCCUGUCGCGGCCGCCCAUUCCCUCCCACCAGGUGCCCCCUUACAGAGCAGUGUCGGCCAGGUUUCGUCCCUCAGCCCUCUCUCAGAGCACACCCAUCGGACUGGACCGUGUUGGACGGCGUAGGCUCCACAGAGUGCUGAGUGAUGGUGUGUCUGAGUGCGCGGUGACACUUGAUGACAGCGUGAGUGAGGAGGAGGAGGAGGAGGGCAGCUUCGAUGAGCUCACUGACGUCAAUCCCUACCUCCAGCCAGGGGUGGAGAUUUCCAUGCUCAACGAGUGGAUAAGCUCUGGCCACACUGUGUAUGCUGAGGCUCUCUGGGACCAUGUGACCAUGGAGGAGCAGGAGCUGGCCUUCAAAGCGGGAGAUGUCAUCCGUGUCCUGGAUGCCUCACAUAAGGACUGGUGGUGGGGCAGGGGGGCUGACAGGGAGGCCUGGUUCCCUUCCAGCUUUGUGAGGGUGCGAGUGAACCAGGAGGACUCGAGCACAGAGAGUGUGGAGAGUGUAGCCGACCAGGAAGAUCCAGCUCCCAGGGACACGCACAUUGCUCAGCACAAGGAGCAGAUGAGGACCAAUGUGGUUCAGGAAAUCAUGAAUACUGAACGUAUCUACAUCAAGCACCUAAAAGACAUCUGUGAGGGUUACAUCCGUCAGUGCCAUAAACACCCGGACAUGUUUACUGAGCUGCAAUUGAAGACCAUCUUCAGCAACAUAGAGGACAUCUACAGGUUUCAGAGGCAGUUUCUCAGAGACCUGGAGAAGAAGUACAACAAAGACCAACCGCAUCUCAGUGAAAUAGGCUCUUGUUUUCUCCUGCAGGGAGACGGCUUCUCUAUCUACUCGGACUACUGCAACACUCAUCCAGCAGCUUGUGCUGAGUUGCAGCGCCUCAUGAAGUUGGGCAAAUAUAAGCAUUUCUUUGAGGCCUGCCGGCUGCUCCAGCAGAUGAUCGACAUUUCCAUUGCCGGUUUCUUGCUCACACCCGUCCAGAAGAUCUGUAAAUACCCCCUUCAGCUGGGAGAACUGCUUAAGUACACCCCUAAAGACCACAGUGACUACAGCGGAGUGAGCAAAGCGUAUGACGCUAUGAAGAAUGUGGCCAGUCUGAUAAACGAGAGGAAGAGACGGCUAGAGAGUGUCGACACCAUCGCUCACUGGCAGGUGGCCAUUCUGCACUGGGAGGGAACUGACGUCCUAGAGCGCAGCUCAGAGCUGAUCCACUCUGGUGAGCUGACUCGAGUCGUCCGACAAGGGAAAAUGCAACAGCGCAGCUUCUUUCUGUUUGACCACCAAUUGGUCUUCUGUAAAAAAGACGUCCUGCGCAGAGACCUGCUUCACUACCGUGGACGGCUGGAUAUGGACCAGACUGAAGUGGUGGACACACCCGAUGGACGGGACCUAGACCUGGGCCUGACCCUGAGGAAUGCUCUGCGCCUCCGCAACUCUACCACUCUGGAGUUUAUGUGUGUGUUGUGCUGCAGGAAGACCCAGGACAAGCAGAGGUGGUUACAGGCCUUUGCCAAGGAGAGAUACAGAGUCAAGGAAGACCAAGAGAUGGGAAUGGAGAUCAGUGAAGAGCAAAGGAAACAGGCCAUUGUUAAUGCCAGAAGAGCCAAACAGGGGAAGAACAAAACCAUUGGGUACUCUGGUUCUGUCCCACCACACCACCAAAACCUGCACCCACUUCACCAGCGUCACAUCACCAUUCCAACCAGCGUGCCUCAGCAGCAGGUCUUUUCACUGGCCGAGCCCCCAAAACGAAAGCCUUACCACUUGUUGUACAACAUCACCCGCAACGCCUUUUUCAGGAAAUGAGGCUUUGCUCCUUCAUCUUUUUCUCUCCCUGUGCAUGUUCAGAGCACACACCAAACUGUCCUGAAGACUCAAUUUUUUCCCUGUAUUUUUCUGCCUGUGAAUGUUCUGUCAAGUUCUGUUUUUGUGCCUCGUGUCUUUCUCAAUGUGUCUGUUUCUGAAGCCUGUUGAAGUUCAGUGCCUACAAUUUGGAAGGAAGGGGCAUGACUAAAGUGUUAAAAAACUGACUCCAUUUUGUUGGUGUGUUAAAGAUGCUGCUCACUCAAGAGACUCCCACCCUGUUGUCUUAUUAGUUCCACCUGAAAGAUGUUUUAAUGUUAAUUAUGACAACAAUGUAUAUUCCGCUUUAUACGUUGACAUACAUGGUUUUAGUUUAUUUCACAAAGGCUGGACCCUUUUUUUUUUUUUUUUUUUUUUUUUUUUUUGUUGCUAGUCUGUCAACUCUGAGCUUAAAACAGCCAGAGGAUAAAUUAACUGACACAUUCACCUUCCUUGUUAACACUGUAAAUAAAACUCUUGUACAAACAUG